UCCACCUCACAGCUCUGGGACGACGCUCAGGAGGUUCUUGCUUCAACAGUGAUUGAACGGAACUUCUUCUUCGUCCUGCACUAUUUAUUAUUUUGGAGACCAGCUCCGCAACACAGUUUAUUUUUGUACCUUUAGAUAAGAAAAAGGAGGAAAAUCAGUCGAAAUGGAGUCUCAGAUCCGUCAGAACUACCACCGCGACUGCGAGGCUGCCAUCAACAGGAUGGUGAACAUGGAGCUUUACGCCUCCUACACCUACACCUCCAUGGCCUUCUACUUCUCAAGGGAUGAUGUGGCCCUCAAGGGUUUUGCUCACUUCUUCAAGGAGAACAGCCAUGAGGAACGCGAGCAUGCUGAGAAGCUUCUGGAAUUCCAGAACAAGAGAGGUGGACGCAUUUUCCUCCAGGACAUCAAGAAACCUGAGCGUGAUGAGUGGGGAACUGGACUGGAGGCCAUGCAGUGUGCCCUGCAGUUGGAGAAGAAGGUCAACCAGGCUCUGUUGGACCUGCACAGGAUCGCCACAGAGAAGGGUGACCCUCAUCUGUGUGACUUCCUGGAGUCGCACUACCUGAAUGAGCAGGUGGAGAUGAUCAAAAAGCUGGGUCACUACAUCACCAACCUCACCAAGAUGGACACUGGAAACAACAAGAUGGCCGAGUACCUGUUUGACAAGCACACUCUGGGGAGCAAGAGCUAAAUUAGGUCCCAGGCUUCAUCCAGUGCUUUCAGAAGCUCCAGCUGGAAUCAAGGAAAUGUGUAGACAAGAGUUGUGAAAGAUCACCAGUAGCUUCAGGUUUUUCUCUGUCUUCUCUGUCCUGUUACAAAGAUCUCGUUAUGGCUGUGGAGGAUCUCUACAUCUAAAUUGUGAACAAAUCUGACAAAUAAACAUUUUGAGCUGGAAAUGAAA